GUUACUUUAAGCGGCUAAUUCAAAAUGUUGCGCGAUAUGACCUUGUGACCAACAGUGAAUGAUUUGAAUUUACGCGUGAUCCUGCGAAUUCUCAAAGUCUAAUGACUUUUAGAUGGUGUAACACUAGGUGUGUGCGAAAAAGGUGGCUCGCGAAAUCAAAUGUAUUACAUAUUCCCAGUGUAAAACUAAGUUUAUCAUGCAGUCGGAUGGGACCAUUUUGGGGCCAGUUAGUUCCAGAAAACAAAGCAUUCUAUUCGGGGAGAUGGGAACCUUCCUUGUCUGGAAAAACGUUUUCGGUUGUGAAUCCGGCUACAGGUGAACAUUUAGGUUUGGUUCCAGCUUGUUCAAAGAAUGAAUGUGAGAUUAGCGUCCAUGUAGCUUCAGUCAGUCAAAAAGAAUGGAAAUCGAAAACGCCGGGGGAACGAUCGUCAGUUAUACGUAAAUGGGCAGACACUAUUCGACAGAAUGUUGACUCAUUGACGGAUCUUAUUGUAGCUGAAAAUGGGAAAUCGUCAUUCGAUGCACGUAAUGAAGUUCUGUCAGGUGUUUCCGCUCUGGAAUGGUAUGCUGAAGAAGCUAAACGUGUUUUUGGUCUUUAUAUUCCAUCACUAAGCUCUCAUUCACGGCGUCAGCUAAUUGCUCAACAACCAAUUGGCGUUGUUGGUGUAAUUACUCCGUGGAAUUUUCCACUUUCUAUGGUAACACGAAAAGUUGGUGCUGCUUUGGCUUCAGGAUGCUCUGUAAUUAUUAAACCAGCUGAAGAUACUCCAUUAACAUCAUUGGCUAUUACUUAUCUUGGUAUUGAAAAAGCAGGAAUACCUCCAGGUGUUUUGAAUGUAAUCACAGCCGCAGUUGAUGACAAUGGAGCAGAAGAAAUCGGAAAUGUAUUAUGUACUCAUCCCAUUGUUCGUUUAAUUGGAUUUACUGGCUCUACAGAAGUGGGAACGAUGCUUUACGCCAAAGCUGCUAAUUAUGGUAAACGCGUUCUUUUGGAAAUGGGCGGUAAUGCUCCGUUUAUUAUUUUUGAUUCUGCGAAUAUUGAGAAAGCCGUUACUGGCGCAGUAGGAUGCAAAUUUCGUUGUUCUGGACAAACUUGUAUAUCAGCAAAUCGUAUUUUUGUUCAUGAUGAAAUACAUGACGUAUUUGUUAACAAACUAACUGAGGCUGUUUCUCGUCUUCACAUGGGUAACGGUGCUAAUCCGAAUACCAAUUUAGGUCCAGUUAUCAAUGAAAAGGCUUUAACUAAGAUUGAAAAAUUAGUUAAUCUAGCUGUAGAACAUGGUGCACAUCCAUUAAUUGGUGGCCAUAGUAGAUUAAAGGGUAAAAAUUCAUUUGGAUUUGAUUACUCCAAUGGUUAUUUUUAUCCGGCAACUGUUCUGUCGAAUUGUCACACAAAAAUGGCAUGUAUGGAAGAGGAGGUUUUCGGUCCUGUUGCUUCAGUUUGCAGAUUCAAGAAUGAGGAAGAAUUGAUUGAAUUAGCUAAUGCAACCCCAUAUGGUUUAGCUGGUUACAUUUACACUGAGAAUAUUAAUCAAGCUUGGCGAAUUGCAGAUGAAUUACAAGUUGGAAUGGUUGGUUUAAAUACAGGAUUUGUAAGUACUAUUGAAUUACCAUUUGGUGGAAUAAAAAACUCCGGGAUUGGACGUGAAGGUGGACCAAAUGCUUUACAUGAAUUUAUGGAUAUUAAAACAAUCACUUGGGAUACAUCAAAUAAUUGAAAAGUUUAUUCAAUUUUUUUAUAUUUUCUUUUAUAUUGCCCAAUUCGUCCUCUCUUUUCAAUGUAAUUAAUUUUGAUAGUCUUAGUUGUGUUCUCCAAAGUCUAAUAAUACAGCACUGUUAAAUUUUUAAUCUUUUCUUCUAAGCUGCACAAAUUUUCACCAUAAUAGAAUUACUUGAUGUUUCAAUUGUUCUCUAUCCGUUAUUUAUUCAAACUAUCCGUUUGUUCUUACUUUCCAUUCGUGUUCAUUUAAUACAGUUAGAAAAACAAAUUAUUUUUAUAUAUUAAUUAAUUUGGCGAGACUAUAAUAUAUGGACGACGACCUUGGCACCGUGACCUUGAAAUCUCUCAAACGCUUCUGAUUGACUCGUCCAUAAAUUACAGUCUCGCCAUUAAUUUUUGUUAGGGCUUUGGAAAAAUCACAUUGUUUCUUUUCAAAUACUCAUUUCAGUAAAUGAAAUCUGUUAGUUUCUUAAUACGAUGAAAUAAUUUAAUGAAAUUUAUCUGUUUACGACUAUUAAUGGUUAUCUUUAAAUUAUACUAUGUACAGAUUUUAGGAUUCAGUUUACUUAGUCUUCAUUUCAUUUAAAUUUAAUGUUUAAAUAUAUUAUUGUUGGGUAUUAAUGAUAAUAUGUAAAAUAUUGACAAAUGUUUAUGUGAUACAUUUAGUUGAUUUGAUAAAUUUGAUGUUUGAUUAUAUUUCCUUAUAAAAGUUUAGACCAGUUUGUUGAGUGAAACGAUGAAUUUACUUCAAGUUCAAUUAUAACAUUAGUCUUAUAUUCCCUGAUGUUAAAUCUUAAUUCUGUCGUCCAAAAUGAAAAGAGCUAACAUGCUCAUAUACACGCUUCUUAUAUACGGUAUCAAUCUGCUACUCGAAUGAGGGAACCAAUUUAAUGUAGAUAUGGCGAUGUAGGUGAUGAUUGUGUAGUUGCUAUCAACCUACAUCAAAAUUAAUUCCCUAAACUAUUAGUGUGAAGUUGUUACCAAGUGGAGUCUAAGAAGUUGCGAACAAAGCGUUAGUUUAUUGAUAUGAUACUGAAUAAAAAAUGCUUUAUACAAGAAAUUGAGUCAAGGCGAAAAAAAUCACUGAUCAGAUUCCGGUUGUAUUAUCUAAAGUAUCAUGCUUCCUGUAAUACCUUGUGAGUCGGUAUUCAACUCCCUGUGGUUCUCCUGUUUGGACAUAAUUGAUAUGUGAAACAGCUGACAAGUGUCUCAUCGUUUUCCAAUUACUCGAAUAACGCCAGUUCUUAAGGAAAUAAUAAAUAAUAUUGUAGCUCAAUGAGAUUUUGGAGGUGUUGUGUUCUCCGGAUUGGAUAGUUCAAUUGUGAAGCUUUCAUUAUUCUUCUGAACAACAUCAACAUGUACUUUAGAAUAAUGAAUUUAUUUGGUUUUCUGUAUUGGUAAUUGUUAAAAUGAUGCAUGUUUCACGUAUACCAAACAAUGGGUGGAUUGUAUAACACCACUUUAUUAUGGUAACAAACUUUUUACUAAGUCCCAUUAGAUUGUUUAUUCUACAAUGAGCUGUAUAUUUAUUUGUAAAAGAAUAAAAAAUUAGUUUAUGAA